UUGUGAAGUGUGUCAACUUGACUCGGGCCGUGUCGUUCCGGCUUUUUCAUUCAAUAAUUGGCAGUGAUUCAUCGUUUUUUGAAAAGCGACACAAGCGACAUCUGCUGGGCAUGAGGGAUUUGUGGUGAAAUUUCGUUUGAAUUGAAUUCACCUCGCCUUGGCAACGAUUUACUGUUGAAAUAAACAACUUUUGAAGGGCCUGAAAAUAAUAAAUCGUGAAAAUGUAUUCAAAUAAAUCGAGUUACAAGACUCUUGAUCUCCCGAAUGAGCUUUCUUUGCAGAAUUUCGAGCCUCAUAGAGCUAGGAAUGAUGAAAAAAUGAUUGCACCGAUGGAAUUGUUGGCGCAGUUUCUGUCGACGGUCAUGCAAAAGGACUACGAGAACGCUCUGGUUUUCUGUAAACUCAUUCAACAAUUCGAGCCAACCAACGCCACUGCCAAUCGUUUUUAUCCCGUUAUCAUCAAAAAAUUAAAGUCCAAGCCCGUUCCCGGAAUGGAUUCCAGUUCCGACGAGGACGAAGACGACUUUUUGGACAAUGAUGAGAAUGACGAUGCGGGUAACGAUGACUCGGGAAUCGAUAAAGAAGACAGCGAUGAAUCAGAUUCCGAUGAGGAAGAAAUUGAAAUUCCACCAAAAGCUCCAACUAAGAAGGCUUUGAACAAUUUGGAGAAGCAAAAGGAGAUUGUGAAGCAUUUGAGAUCAAAAGUUGUUCAUAAAAAUCCUUAAAAACUGAUUUGGAGAAAUUUUCAUCAGUAAAUUUUAGACUGAACCUUUUUU